UCUCACGUAGAAGCUCUAUCUCCCGCUUCUCUUCGCUCCAGCCUUCACGCGGAUCCUAUCAUCACUCUAAUAGCACCUAUACAGAAUUGAUACAUAGAGCAUCGUUAGUAUGUGAACGGGUCUGUUGCACAUCCUAGAACCAAUACACCAAGCAAUAUAUUCGCCCCAACGCCUCGAAUCCAGUCGUUAUUAUCAUGCACUAUUCUUUCGACGGUAGUGGACUGUCGCAAGAGCAGCUCCAAGCCAAAGUCGAGGCUGCUCAGCUAACUGGCCAGCUCGACGGUGAUUCCGGCCGCCGUGAAAAUGCAUCCCCUAAGUCAUCGAAGCCAAAUGGUACUUGUGAUUGGCGAGGCGAUGCUCCCGAGCCAGAACUAGACGACCUGGCACACGCAUGUGAAAAGAACCAACAGCAAUCCAUCCGCAUGGAUGCGUGUGACUGGCGUGGUGAUGUGCCUGAGGAGCAAAAGGAUAACCUGGAUCGAAUUUGUCAAACUGAAAAACAAGCGAAGCAGUCAGGUCGACGCGAUAAGCCGGCAGAGCAAGCUGAUACUAUUCAUAUGCCCAUGCCGCGUCUCCCCCAAGUUGACGAGAUUCCUGAAAUUUUGCGCCCAUCGGAGGAUGACAAGAGUUUCGAUCUUAAGCCUGUCACCAAGCCACUCGUUGCUAAAGAAGCUCCCGCUCGAGAUAAGGGGAAACCAGAGCGAGGGAAACGACCAAAGAAACCGAAAGAGCGUGCUGAAAGUUCAGCCGCACCAGCAAGUACUUCGCCUAGAGCCAAUGAAGGUGACGAUGAGUCCCCUACUGGAGACAAAACCCAUUCUCCUUGGGUCGACUCCUUGGAGCAAAUGCCUUCGAGUGUAAUCGAAAAGGUAAACUCGGGCAUCAAACAUACACUUGAGGGGGCCAUCAGCAUGUUAACAUCCCGCGCCGAUGAGCAGAGACAGUCACCAAAGAGAACUGCGGAGGAAAAGACCACGGGGAGUACUAGUCUUGCGCCUGAGACCGUAGCACAGCUUCCUUCCGAAUUAUAUGUGCCGAGCCCACCUCUUCAACCAACUGAGCCACCACCAGAGAAUGACCGGCCCAGCGGCAGUAAAAAGCAAGAGAGGGAAAAGAAAAGAGCGGAAAAGAAAGCACGCCAUGAGGCGAAGAGAAGAGCCAGGCAGCAGAAAAAUAAAGAAAGGAAAGAAAAGCGACGACAAGCUAAGGAGAGGAGUAGAAAGGAAAAACAGUGGAAAAAGGCGGCAAAGUUUGGCGGAGAACUCCCCCCUCAGAUUCUUCAAGGUCUCCGGGUUUCUCCUGGCUCGAAGACUACAUACAAUUCCAACUGUGAUAUAUGUAUGAAGUCGGCUGCUUCCAUUAUGAGCAGCAAAGAACGGAACCCAAAAUGCACAACCUGUGCUAAAGCGGCCGAACGUGAAUCAACGCAACAGUAUCUAAAAGCCUCGAACAUUGACUUGGGAAAUUUACCCUCAUUCACGGAGGGAGGUGAGAUCCUUGGCCUAUUGAGAAAUAUUCUCGAACAACAUUUAGCCAACAGCAAGUCCAAAGGUAAAGUUGAGAUGGGUGGCGAAAAACGCAUCGACGAGGGCCUUGUACGACACAUGGUUCAGCACAUACAAGAUUUUAUUACCAGUGGCAGAGAGGCAGAAUUGCAUUCUCACGAAUGUAGCACUAGUGGUCAGCCAGGUCAUUUGGGACGUCAUGGUCUCGAUGGGAACAGAGACUCGCCUGCUUCAACAGAGAGCGCACAGAUAAUUUCGAGUUCAUCCCAAAACUCGGAUGCAACUGCCUCGUCAAACCCAGUAGAAGUUGAUUGGUGGGUACAGGCCAUGUCUUUGAACGGUUCGCCGCCCUCUCCCUAUCGCCCCCUUUCCCCUCGUUCUGGCACUCCAUUACCCAGACCGAGGACGGCAGCCGUGUAUGGGCCUGGAACAUCGCAUUAUCCAUUGCACAGCCCAUUCGAUAUGGGUCAUGCUGCAUAUCAUUUCUACCUACCUUUGCCUAUCUGCCACGGCUUUUGUCCCUCUCCGGGUCAAUAUGACUACCAUCACCGCUACUCCGUCCCAAUAUUUCCGCAACCUGCCCCUUUCUUUUCACCAGAACAGAAAUUCAACAAAGAAGUAGCCUCACCUGUAUCUGGUUUGGCAGAGACGGUUUCUACGGACACUCCUCGACUCAGCCGAGACUAUCAUGUUAGAUCCAGAUCCAGAUCUGGCUCUAUCUAGCCUUCUUAUAUUGGUCGUGGGUGCGUACCGUGGCCUCUUAAGCAGGACUUGUUUCACGAGAUUAAAAACUAAGGGUUACGUUCGUUUUACAACAUGGUUUCGUAAUUUACAAGACUGAGAAAGACCAGAGUUGAUGAAGAUGCAUGUAUCAAGGGUAUUAGACUGGAAACGCUCUCAGGAGCGACCUAGAUUAGGCCAACAAAAUGAGAUUGUUUUCAAGAAUGGUGUACCUUUCGAGCCAUAUUCUAAAGCAGAAGUGCUUAAUUAUGAACUGUAGGGCUUGACUG